GACAUAGUUAUGCAUGGCAUAGCUUAGGAUGCACUGUUUCUAAACAGAUCACAACUCAUCAUAUUCCAUUCAUAGCAGACCCAUUUAUUCUCUACAAAAGCUACAGCAGGACACCAUCCCAUCACCUCUCCUCUGUCACUCCUGACACUGCUGUCCCCAUGGAGAUGACCUCUCUCCUAUUCCUACUCUGUGCAGGUGUCUGCUGCACAGCCGCACUCAGCCGCCUCAAACAGUUCCAUCUCAUUGAAAGGAGUUUAAAUUGGACAGAAGCACAAGACUUCUGCCGGGAGAACUACACUGAUCUUGUCACUUUGUACAAUCGGGAGGAAUCUGAGCAGCUGAUACAGUUAAAGCUAUUUGAUAACAACUCUAAAGCCUGGAUAGGUCUCCAUCGUACAGAGCACAGUCUGAAGUGGUCCAAUGGAGACACUGUUAAUGACACUGCAUGGUCACCACUUCCAAGCCCGUGCACAGAGCCAACGUGUGCAGCCAUACUCAAAGAUAAUACCACAUGGGAGAAGUGUAAGGAGCAGAAAUACUUCAUGUGUUACAGAGAAGGGUCUGGUGAUUCCCUCCUGAUUGAACAGAACAUGACCUGGUAUGAGGCUCAGAGUUACUGCAGAGAGAACUACACUGACCUGGUCAGCAUCAGGAACGAGGGACAGAAGGAGGAAGUGAAGAACAAAGGGAUGAACAGCACCUCUUCUUACUGGAUCGGCCUGCUGUAUGAUGACUGGGAGUGGUCUGAUGGAGGGAGAUCUGCCUACAGAGACUGGAGCACAUUGUCAGACUAUCCUAAAGCAGGAGAGAAUCGCACUGUUUUUGACCAGACUUUAAAAGGUAUACUCACAGUGGGAAAUGGAGGUUCUGAAGAAUGUACACUCUGCUCUGAAGUUCGCAUCCACAAAAUUGGAGAAAGAAAGUCUUGGGAACAGGCUCUGGACUACUGCAAGAAGAACUACCAUGGACUGCUGCGUAUUGAGACCGAAGAAGACCUGGAGGUGAUCAAGCAGAAGUUUAAUGGGACUGAUUUUACUGGUCCUGUGUGGGUGGGUCUGAGACAGAGCCGUCUCUUUGGGUUCUGGGUCUGGUCCAAUGGGCUGCCAGUGGGGUGGAGUAACUGGGAGCGAGACAGACAGCCUGAACAGCCUCUGUCCAACCAUUGUGGUGCCAUGGCAAUGGAGGAGGGAUACAAGUGGAGUGAUCAGGAUUGUCUGUCCAAACUCGACUUUAUUUGUGAAGGAUAAUUUACAUACAUUUUCCCAUUUAAUUAACUGUCUUUACUAUUCCUCACAUUUUGAUUGAUAUGUGUUUUUUUUAGGUAAUUGCUGAUUGAAAUCACAUUUGCAAAUCUGUUUUUAUAUUUUAACCUUUCAGCAAUGUACAAUACACCUUGUCAUUGGUUAAACUUAUCAAAAUCUUUGAGUAAAAUUGAGUGAUAUUUCAGAUAUUGAAAGAAUGUACACAAUAAAAUGUAGAUAAUUAUGUCAUGUGGUUAAAAUAUGAUAUUCUCUUGUCUUAAUAUGUUUGACAUUAAGCAAACUCAUUUAUCCUAGGUUUACCCAUAGUCAUCCCUAUUGUAACUAUGGGUUACUGUAAUUAAUACUCUAGAUUAAUUUUUUAUUUUUUAUUUACCUUUAUUUUACUAGGCAUGUCAGUUAAGAACAAAUUCUUAUUUUCAAUGACGGCCUAGGAACAGUGGGUAAACUGCCUGUUCAGGGGUAACCUUUCGGUUACGAGUCCAACACUCUAACCACUAGGCUAGCCUGCCGCCCCAGCCUAAAUACAAUUAUAUUUAAUUAAUAGUAUCAUGCAUGUUAACGAUGACUAAGGAAAUAAAAAUUAUAGUAAAGUAAUAUAUUUUAUAUUAUGGAUAUUGUAGGAAUAAUGGAAAUACUGAGUUUGUUUUUCUAUUGUAUCUCUUCUCCCAAUUUCUGUUCCCAACUUGACAAAAAUAAACAAAACAUAAGA